GCAGGGCGGGGCCUCGAGUUCAGUUCUCACAGGCGGGAGACGGAACUGAGGUGGAAAACCGGGCUUGGUCGUCCAAGCCUGUAACCCCAAUACUCAGGAAACUGAGGCAGGGGCAGUCAUGAAUUCAUGGUCAGCCUGGGCAACAUAACAAGACCCAGUCCAAAACCUGGGAAGAGUGACUGGAUAAACCAGGAAAAGACGCGGAAGCUAAGUAGAAGUUGAGUUAAUUCGUCUCAGUGUCACAGAAGUGGUAGAGCCAAGAUUUAAACCCUUCUUAACCAGCCUUCCUAGGAACCAACGGAUGUCUCCGGGUUUCCUAUUUGAUGACACCCACUGGACCUGCUUUGGGGGUCUGUAAAUACAGGAGAGCCAUUGGAUUAUUAGCGAUGGAAGAAAAAGCAUCUAAGAGAACAGAAUGAAAUGUUUUCCCUCCAGGUAAGAGAAUGUAAAUUGGUCUGGCCUGAGUUCCAGGAGAGAAGGGGUAGAUUGAUCGGAAUUGGCUGCCAGGUGCACAUCUGUACCACAGUUCACCAAUUCCCCCACAAUGAUGAUCAUGGUGGGUUUACCGGCUCGAGGCAAGACCUACAUCUCUACGAAGCUCACACGAUAUCUCAACUGGAUAGGAACACCAACUAAAGUGUUUAAUUUAGGCCAAUAUCGACGAGAGGCAGUGAGCUACAGGAACUAUGAAUUCUUUCUCCCAGACAACAUGGAAGCCCAACUUAUCAGGAAGCAGUGUGCUCUGGCAGCCCUAAAGGAUGUCCAUAAAUAUCUCAGCCAUGAGGAAGGUCACGUUGCGGUUUUUGAUGCCACCAACACUACCAGAGAACGACGAUCAUUGAUUCUGCAGUUUGCUAAAGAACAUGGUUACAAGGUCUUCUUUAUUGAGUCUAUUUGUAAUGACCCUGACAUCAUUGCCGAAAACAUCAAGCAAGUGAAACUCGGCAGUCCUGAUUACAUAGACUGUGACCAAGAAAAGGUUUUAGAAGACUUUCUUAAGAGAAUUGAGUGCUAUGAGAUCAACUACCAACCUUUGGAUGAGGAAUUGGACAGCCACCUGUCCUACAUCAAGAUCUUCGACGUGGGUACACGCUACAUGGUAAAUCGAGUGCAGGACCAUGUUCAGAGCCGCACAGCCUACUACCUCAUGAACAUUCAUGUCACACCUCGAUCCAUCUACCUAUGCCGUCAUGGGGAGAGUGAACUCAACCUCAGAGGCCGCAUUGGAGGUGACUCUGGCCUCUCAUCUCGGGGCAAGCAGUAUGCCUAUGCCCUAGCCAACUUCAUUCGGUCUCAAGGCAUCAGCUCCCUGAAGGUGUGGACCAGCCAUAUGAAGAGGACCAUUCAGACUGCUGAGGCCCUAGGUGUCCCUUAUGAACAGUGGAAAGCCCUGAAUGAGAUUGAUGCGGGUGUCUGUGAGGAAAUGACCUAUGAAGAAAUCCAGGAACACUACCCUGAGGAAUUUGCACUACGGGACCAGGAUAAAUAUCGUUACCGCUAUCCCAAGGGAGAGUCCUAUGAGGAUCUAGUUCAGCGUCUUGAGCCAGUUAUAAUGGAGCUCGAACGACAAGAAAAUGUACUGGUGAUAUGUCACCAGGCUGUCAUGCGGUGCCUCCUGGCAUACUUCCUGGAUAAAAGUUCAGAUGAGCUGCCCUAUCUCAAGUGUCCUUUGCACACAGUGCUCAAACUCACACCUGUGGCUUAUGGCUGCAGAGUGGAGCCCAUCUACCUGAAUAUAGAGGCUGUGAACACACACCGGGACAAGCCUGAGAAUGUGGACAUCACCCGUGAAGCUGAGGAAGCCCUGGACACUGUCCCUGCCCAUUACUGAACACUUUACAAGUGACCAGAUUGCCUCUGUCCUCGUUGCCUUCCUCCUGUAGGAACUGCUGCCCUUCUUCUCCCUAAGCAGACUCUGGCUGUAGCCUGAGAGUGUUCUACCUCCAGUGAAGAAGUCUGUAGCAGCUCCCAAACAAGUCUCAAUUCCUAGCCAAAACUAUAAAGUUCUUUUAAAUAACUAUUUUCUGAUGAAUAAAGACAGGUCUUCCUGCCUAUAGGACAGGGAGAGGCUAUAAGGCUUCUCCCAUUGUUCUCAAGAUCUUGAUUCUAA